CGAGUGGUUAUUUCACUUGAUCGAAAGCUGGAAAAGUACAAGGUCAGUGACUUUGUAGACGAACAUAAUCAUCCUCUUCAACCUCUUGAUUAUGUUCACAUGAUUCGGUCUCAUCGUCACGUGUCUGAGACACAAGCAUCACAAAUUCUGUUGGUCGAUGCUUCUGGAUUAAAGCCAAGAGAUUUUCAUACAUAUGUGUCACAACAAGCAGGUGGAGUAGAGAGUAUUGGUUAUACAAGAAAAGACCAUAGAAAUUGUCUUCGAACAAAAACAAAACAGUCUUUGGAGUAUGGUGAACUUGGUGCAUUGAUGAUGUACUUCAAAAGCAAGAGUGAAAAUCCUUCAUUCUUUUAUGACUUUCAAAUGGACGAUGAAGACCAGAUAACUAAUAUUUUCUGGACAGAUGCACAAAUGAUAAAUGAUUAUGGAUAUUUUGGGGAUGUUGUCUCGUUUGACACGACAUAUAAGACAAACAAGGAUUAUCGGCCAUUGGGAGUAUUUGUCAUGUUGCUAUAUUGAUGGGAUCCAGAAAUAUUGAGAUAAAUGUCAAUGUUAUUGAUCUUGAUGGUCCCAAAGGCAUAAAGAAAAGGGAUUGUUCUAAUAAGGCAAAGAAGCGGCCUAAAUCUUGGGUGGAAAAAUUAGCAAGAAAGAGAAAGGCAAAUAAAGUGCAAAAAAGAAAAAAGAAUCAACAGAUGUGGAACCAUUUGCACCCACAACUGGAGUUAUCCAACAACGGGCUUCAUAUUCAGUUUUACCUGAUAUGCAUCAACCAUCCGCACAUAUUCCCAUGACUAAUUCACUUAGUGAUUUGAUUUCUGUCGAAGAGCACUUUGGAGUUGGAAGUCAAGUCAUUAAUCCUAACCAAAGUCCAAAUAAAAGUGUAUAUUACAACUUUGGGGAAACAAGUAGUUAUUUUUGAGAAGAAUUGCAGAUUAAGAAGAACUUGCUUACUUGUCGGUUGAUGUUUUGAGGGUAGGAAGUAGUAGAAUUUGGCUUAUAUGGUGGAUAGCAGUUUGUGGCUUAUAUUUAAUUGAAAGUUGCAGAUCAAGACCUGGCUUGUUGAUAAUUUGGAGUAGGAAGUAGUUGAAUUUGGAGUUGCUGAUUUUUUUUGCUAAUUUUGAUGUAAUAGCAAUUUGCCAGCUUAUAUAUAAUUUAAGGUUGAGCUGCUGAUUUUUUUUUUGCUAAUUUUGAUGUAAUAGCAGUUUGCCAGCUUAUAUUUAAUUGAAGGUUGAAAUU